AUGGAUUUGGGUAAUGUCGAUUAUGUCCCUGGCGAGGACUAUAUUCUCCGCCAGCGCAAAGAUGCCCAGCACGCCGCUGUCCGAAAACGUAUUAUCAUUUGCUGCGACGGUACCUGGCAGUCUGCCGUGUCGGGGCAAAAAAACGUCCCAUCCAAUGUCACCCGUCUAUGUCGGGCUCUGAAUCACAUCGGUACUGACGAGAAGGGCGAUCAAUGGCAACAAGUUGUCUGGUAUGAUUCAGGGGUUGGUACGAACGGAGGAGUGGUCGAAGAGGUCGUGCAGGGCGCGUUCGGCGAGGGUGUGGAACAGAAUGUUAUCGAGGCAUACAAUUUCUGUGUGCUUAACUAUAAGCCAGGCGACAAGAUUAUGUGUUUUGGAUUCUCGCGCGGAGCGUACACGGCACGCACAAUCUCGGGCCUGAUUUCAGACAUUGGCAUCUGCCACAAGUCGGACUUGAAUAAGUUUCCUGAUCUAUGGGCCAUGUAUAAGAAAGUCAGACACGGAAAGCGGUUUGAUCGGAGUGACCUUUGGUUCGAUUGGACAUGGGGAAAAGCCGAUGAACACCAAGGUGCUGGCACAAAGGACAACCGGAAUUUUGUCUAUGAGCAGGUUCCCGAGGGUGAUUGGGCACAGGAAGGAUCCAAGGAGGUUGAAGUCGUGGGAGUCUUCGACACAGUCGGUGCUAUAGGGAUGCCUCAGGUUCUUGGGAUGAAAUUACCGUCCGCAGGAAAGAACGGCUGGCACAAUGUUGGAUUGUCACCAAACAUCAAGCAUGCUUACCAGGCCCUGGCUCUGGACGAACACCGUCAGGCAUUUUCUCCAUCGGUGUGGUACCUACCGAACAAAAAAGCCACUCCCGAAGAAGUAGAAGCCAGGAAGAAGGAGGAAGUCGCAGCUGAAAAAAAAUACUGGACAACCUUGGAGGAAGCCAAGGAACUGAAAGCAGGAGGCAAAGCCACCGACAAAGAAGUAAACGACGCCGCCCGCGAUGUCAACUUGGCUGCUAGAGCAUGGAACAAGGCAACCCGCAGACGGAUCAAGUUUGAAAACCGUGUGGGAAUCCACUCCGAGUUGAAGCAAGUGUGGUUCCCCGGCUAUCACGUCAACAUCGGUGGAGGAAAUACUGAGACCUUGCAAAAUAUCGGUGAUAUGGAAGAAAUGUCCAGCAUCACCUUUGCAUGGAUGCUCGAUCAAAUCAAGGCACAUCUUUCAAUUGAUGAGAGAUUCAUCAUUAAAGAGCACAAUGCUCGUCAGAGAUACCUCCAAAAGAUCAACCAGGAGUUCCUUGCCUGGCAGACCGCAGAGACCAAGAAAACAGAGUCUCUCAAAAGCUGGAUUUACCACGCUGCCAAGGCAACAGCUUCAGCUAUCAUUCACCCUCUGAACUCCGGCAUUGAGCCAGCAUAUAAGAAAAUCCGUGAAUAUGGAUGGGGAACAGGUGAACUGAUAGACAGCUUUACAUCCAUGUACUGGCUGAACGGAAAAAAAUGGCGCACACCAGGACAAUACGGCUUUAAGGAUGGAAAAGACCUUGGCGAAACUUUCGAGUUCAUUCACCCGGUCGUGAACUUCCGGGUGGAGCACAUGAAAGAACAACGCAAAAAGGACAGCAAGCACCCACUAUACAAGCCCCUUAGCCCAGGAAGCAAAUAUGAGCGGCGCAAGGUGGAAGAUGCUGAAGGGAACGUGAGAUUUGAGUACUAUAUGGGCAACUCAUCAAAGUCCAUACCUGAGUGGAAGUUGGGUGGACUGGACUCCUACGAACGUUUAACCAUUGCUGGAGAGGCUGCGUAUAUCUAUGCCGAUAUCUUGGAUGACGAAUUGCGAACUGGCCUCCGAACGGAGCGCUGUACCUUCGGAGGCGACGAUGAGAAAGAAUUUUGCCUCAAGCCUGUGAUUGUGCAAAAGGCCAAUGGCCUGCUCACCAUGGCGACACCUGAGGAAGCGUGGGGCGAACAGUCUCAAUUGACAGCUGUUGAUGACGAGCCUCAACCCAAGAAAUCUCUUCCAGAGACUCACAUGCCGAAGUCAUUCGCAAUGGAGACCAACGAGAUCGAUACCAAGAUGGAUGCUUCAAACCAGGUCUCCCACACGCAGAACCUUACCUCGGUUUACUAA